AUGCUGCCCGCUACUUUUAAACUGUGUGCUGGCAUCUCCUAUCGGCACAUGAGGAAUAUGACAGGUUUGAGGAAGAAUGCCAUGGUGGCCAUUCAUCAUGAGCUGAACAGGCUGGCAGGUCCAGGCCCCAGUAACUGGAUCAGCCAAGUCCGCCGUCGAAGCUCUCUUCUCAGUUCUCAGAUUGAAGAAGAGGGUUACAAUGAGGAGGAGAUGUCUUAUUUGAAACAAGGUGAAGAUGCACUGCAAAAGGCCAUCAGAAUCCUCAGCGAGCAGGACGGCUGGACCACUGAAACUGUUGCUGCGAAUGGAGACAAGGUCCUGAGCAAAGUGCUACCUGAUGUCGGGAAGGUGUUCAAGCUAGAAGUGAUGCUGGAGCAACAUCCUGAUGAUCUUUACAAAGAGCUAGUUGGAAAUAUGGAGCAAAUGGGGGAGUGGAACCCAAAUGUGAAAGAAGUCAAAAUUCUCCAAAAGAUCGGCCAGGACACGAUGAUCACCCAUGAGGUAUCCGCAGAGACCCCCGGCAAUGUGGUGGGACCCAGGGACUUUGUCAGUGUCCGAUGUGCCAAGCGGCGAGGCUCCACCUGCUUCCUGGCAGGAAUGUCCACUCAGCACCCAAAAAUGCCUGAGCAGAGGGGUGUUGUCAGAGCGGAAAACGGGCCAACCUGCAUAGUUAUGAAGCCCUGCGCUGAAGACCCAAAUAAGACCAAAUUCACCUGGUUACUAAGUAUAGAUCUGAAGGGCUGGAUCCCAAAGACAAUCAUAAACAAAGUGCUCGCUCAGACGCAGGUGGACUUUGCCAGCCACCUCAGGCAAAGGAUGGCUAACAAUGUUUCUGUGGAGAUGUCUCCUGCCUGGUGACACUGGAUGUCUAUUGAGCUUUGGCA